GAAAGAAUCGUGUCACACCUAGUUUCAUUCUACACAAACUGAAAAUCUUCGAUUCGACAAAUGAACAGCUACCAUCGAAGUCCAAGAAAAUAGUUUCUCUCAGACAAGAAUGUAGCAGGACUUUGCUAAAUUUGGAGAUUUCUAUUUGUGUGUCCAAAUUCAAAGCCAUCGAAGUGGACAUGAAGAAAUGUGAAAAUGACCUGAAAUUGAUGCUGUCCGGAAUGCUGCUUGAGCAGUUCGUACAAUCACAGCGUCUUAAAGAGAUGAACUUACUACAAGAACACAAAAAAGUGCACAUCAAGAAAUAUGAGAAAUUAAUGUCGGUUCAACAUCCAGACGAACAUGUAUUCAAACUGGAUAACGUCCUCAAUCUCACAGAUGUCACGUUACCGAGAGACUUCAUGAAACUACUAAGUCUUGGCCCACAACUGGCACUACCUGUAACGAGGGACGAUGUCAAAUUUCCACAUUUGAUUGCAGAUAUUGAAAAGAUCAUGUUAUUCGACUGCCCUACUGAACUGAUGGACGAGACGAGAGCAGUUGUGACAAAUCACAUCACCAAUUACAUCAAUGAAGAAAAUAAAAUCGAUGGGAUGGAUCGCUUCCUACAUGACACACAUCGCAGACUGGAUAAAUUUCUACAACGCAAUAAACAUAUUGUGGUCCUCAACAGUGACAAAUGCAAACGUACUGUCAUCAUGUUCAGAUCGGAAUAUGAGUCAAAAAUGCAAUCUCUCUUGGAUGAUGAGUCCACGUAUGAAAUGAAGCCGAUAAAUCCUGUCAAAGAUUUGAUGAAAACAAGUGAUAUGCUAGCACAACGAUUGCUCGAUGAAAUGAUUAUCAACAGAGAAACAUUCAAACAAUUCAAUUGUGUUGGUUCCACACUACCGAGGAUAUCUGGUCUCCCAAAAGCGCAUAAAGAUGGGAUUCCUUUAAGACCUGUGGUUGACACCACCAAUUCGCCAGCAUAUGAAUUAUCGAAAUUUAUGAAUGAUAUUCUCAAGCAUUUGGUUGAUAAUAGCAAGUACAAUGUCAAAAACGCUUUUGAAUUUAAGGAAUUCAUUAACGAUGUCCGGAUUCCCAGGUCUCAAAAGUUAUGGUCGAUUGAUGCGGUGUCUCUGUACACAAAUACUGAUGUUAAGCAUGUAAGGAAAAUCAUUGAACGCCAGUGGAAUAAAAUACGCCGUCUCACUAAGAUGUCCAAGCCACUGUUUUUCGACGUGUUGGACUUCUGUAUAGACGGUAGCGCUUACUUUACAUACAACGACAUCGUAUACAAGCAAAAAGAAGGAUUAGCGAUGGGCUUGAGUCUGGCUCCCACAUUAGCUGACAUCUAUCUUACGGAGCUAUUUGACACGUGUCUACCGAGACUGUCUUACAAACCUGUGUUCCUUAAGAAAUACGUCGACGAUGUCAGUUCUACGGUACCUGAAAGCAAAAUCAAUGAGACGUUACACAUCUUCAACACAUUCAGUACCAGUGGCCGUCUCAAGUUCACACAUGAGUUGGAGUGUGAUCGGAAAAUAAACUUUCUGGAUCUUACUCUGAUCCACCGAACUGACAAUAAAGUCAUCACGAAUUGGUUUCAUAAAGACAUUUCUUCGAACAGAAUGCUCAGUUUUCUUUCCAAUCACCCGGCAUCAAUGAAACAGAACAUCAUCAUUUCGUUUGCAAAGAGAGUGUUGGUUCUGAGUGACCCGAUCUUCAAAGGGACAAACUACCGUCGUAUCGCUGAGAUUCUCAAACAAAAUCAAUAUCCAAUGACGAUGAUUAAGAAAGCGAUACUUACGGCCAACGAGUCGAUUAUUAAUGCCUCAUCAACUAUUCCGACAGUUCAACCGCCUGAACCACCUAUUUACAGAUCUGUUCCGUACGUUCCUGAAUUGACACAUAAAAUUCAACGACAACUGAAGAAGGUCAAUACUCGGUUAAGAUCAGCACCGAAAACGAUAACGAGACUACGGAACAUUUAUUCGAACAUGAAAACGAAAACUCCGAAGAUGAUUCGGAAAGGAAUCGUAUACAGAAUCAAAUGCAAAAAGUGUUCCACGUUUUACAUUGGUGAGACGAAAAGAUGCCUAUGUACUCGAACGAAGGAGCAUGACUAUGAUUUUAGAUCAAGGUUCAACCCUGGCUCGAAAACUGCUCUAGUCCGACAUUGUCUAGACAACGCGACUCACGAACCAGAUUUUGAUGAGAAAGAAUUGAAGAUAUUGGACGUCGAAUCAGAUUGGUACAAGCGAAAAACGCUAGAAGCAUGCUACAUUUGGCUUUACGGCGAUUCGGCUCAAAAUUUCAAAUCGUUGAACAUGCUACAUGCGACCUACACUAAUGUGAUGAAUUCGUUUAAACAACUUCAUGUUGGUUAGUUUUUCAGUUUACGUCAUGUCGUUUCUGUCAUCGAAACAAGUUUCAAUUUUGACGAUCGUGUUAGUAUUUCACGAGAAAUUAAUUCCAAGUUUCAAAUUAGAAUGUUAAUGUGAUUGGAAUCACUUCCAAUUUAUGGUAAUUUGUUUUGCGCGAUUUUUAUGUUAUCUAGUUUUAGCCUAAAGAUAAUUUUAAUGUUGUUUUAGCUGAAGAUGGAUGACACAACAACAUCCGAAAUAUACGUUUAAUUGAAGACAAUUUCAAGUUUUCGUUAUUUACAUCAUCAUAGCCAACCUAAUCUCACAAACAAAUCGUGAAAAAUCUAAUUCACUUUCCAUUUGGCUAAAUAACUGACAAAAAGUUAUUAUUUCGUGCAUAAAAUCAUAGU